UUUUCUUAUUAAAAAAAUAAUAAAAAAGUAUAUUACUAAUAAAAUAGAAAUAUAUUAUUGAAAUUUUAUCCUUAAAAAAGGAAAAUGAGAAUAAUAUUUUUGGAAGAGUAAAAAAGAAAAGUUGGAAAAAUAUUUUCCACGGAUGAAGUAAUUAAGGUAGGAUUUUGUGGCCCAAGCAGGUUCGGGUUUACAGCCUCGGUUCGUUUCAAGUUUCAACAUCUAUAUUUCAAUUUCCAAAUCCUCCUUCCUUCCGGUUCUUCCAUUAUCUCACUCCGUUUACCGGCAAUUCAAUUUUACUCGCCAUGUCUUCUAUGGUUAGAGCCACCGCCGGCGACCAGGACCACCAACUCAGCCUUACAGCCACGUCGGAGGACGGCUGCGGUACAGCUUUAACUAUGCAGAAGAAGAAGGAGCGGAGAGUGAGCUUCGCGGAGACGACUUCCGUCCAUUUCUUCGACCGCGACGAGGAGGAGACGCCUCCGGAAGCCCUAGCUAAGGCGGGUGAUGGAAGCGGAUUUCAAGUGAACGAGCUGAAUUUCCAUCAAUUGGACAAUUCAAGAAGGGACGACGAUGGGGAUGAAGAAGAGGACGGGAAUGUGAGUGAUGAAGAUGAGGACGGAGAGCCUGCAUUGGGGAGAUCGUUCCUAAGGCCCAUGGAGUCUCCUUCUCCUGGUAGUACAUUUGGUUCUGCUACCUCGAAUAAUGAACAAUUUUUCGGUCCGGUAUCACCCAGUUUUAUAAGGCCUGGAAGACUAUCAGAUUCAGCUGUUUCAGAAGAUAAUCAUGAAGUUACCAUGGAUUCAACAGCUUUCUCCAUGCAUUUUCGCAGCCUUGCUAGAUCAGAGGCAGGGGUAGACUUGAAGACCCCACCUGGCACACAUCUUUUUGGUGAAGAGAAAACACCAGAAUGCACUCAAGGAAACUCUAUGGUCCUCACCGUAACAAAGAAGUCAAUUUUGAAUUCCUCAUUACCUGUUGUUAAUGCUAGUGGAGAAAGUGAUUCAAGUGAUAUGAGUCUGAUUGGUGAACACUCACAGGAGUAUGAUUAUGGUAGAUUGUCACCCGACUUAAAUGCACUUCUAGCAGAAGGUCAACAUCAAAUAGAUAUGUUUUCAUUAUCAGAUAAUAUCAGCGCUUCAGCAUUGCCUAGAAACAAGAAAUCCGAUUAUUUAUCAGCAAAAGAGGAUGAAAGUUGCACUAUGGGUCCUGAUGAGAGUUGUAAGCACGAUGCAGCUGUUGCUGGUAUCCAUCAUAUGCCAUCUGAUUCAGUAUAUGCUCAUGCCCCCCUUGAUUCAUCAGUUUCUCCAUCCAAUCCUCCAGAUUCAGGCAUUUCAGUUGAUAACAAAGCUUUGUUAUCUAAUAAAUUUAGUAAAGAGAAACUAGUUGGUUACAGUAUGGCGGCUUCUACAGAUGCUUUUGAGGUUUGGAGAACUAAGAAUCUUACUUCAGUGAAUUAUGAUUCCCCAUUGAAUCUUCAUAUUCCUAAAGACAUCUCUCCCCAAUUGAAAUCUCCGCUGACAGGGGCUGUAUCACCUUCACCUAUCUGGAGGAGUCCGAUGCAUGCAGUAAGUAAUGCACAAAAAUAUUGUUCUACGGUAAUUUGUUCUCAAAAAGAUCCCUUUAUCGAAAAAGAGAAUACGGGAUCUCUGGUGAGCUCCGCAUCCAUUCAAAAAAGCAUUUCGAAACUUGAAAGGCUCAGGGCCUCUGCAUUUUCUUCUGCCUUGGGUGACGGAAUGCUUGAUGUGCCUGUUAUAUCUUUUAAUUUUACAAAAACACCUCCUUUGAGCUCUAACAUGGGAAAAGUCAAUGCUAAACAAGUCAAAGAGAAGUUUGUGAGUGCUCCAAGCAUUUCUGAAGACGAGCAAUUCUCAAAUAUUGUUCAGAUAGAGGGACAGAAAAGACAUGCAUUCCGCAAGGAUGGAAAUGGUCUCACGGCUUUGGCACAUUAUGAAGGAAAAAUGCAUAGUCCAUUGAUAUCAGAGGACCCUAAAGAGAUGUUUUUUACUUCUGAAAGAGAUUCCCUCCCAGCUGAAUGUGUAGGAGAAAAGCAAGCAUCUACUACUCCUUGCAUUAAUUUUUCUCCAGGAAAAUCAUUGGAAAAACUUUCACCGUCGUUCCAAGAUUACCUGUUUAGCCCAGGCAGAAAACCAAGGUUUCUUGGUGGAUCCACUAAUAUUUCAGGUGAUAAAAGAAAAAAUGAAUUACUGAUUGAGCACAGGGAUAGUCAGGAUGCUAUUAUCACAUUGCAAAGGAGUCCAAAACUACAAAAAUAUCAAGGCCUGGAUAUCUCAAAAUGUCCCGAUGAAACUUGCAGUGUGAAGUCAAAAUUCAUGGAGAGCGUAGAUAAAUGGGAAUUCUUGCCAACAGAGAAACUUAGUGUAUAUGGGAUUGACGUUCUACAAGAUUUCAUGAAUCGCAUGUACAAGUCAAAAAAAUAUGAGUUAUUGCACCAUGGACUUCUCUCUCAGAAAAAAUCUGCCCAUCAAAAUCUUCUAGAGAAAAGGACAGCUGAAUUGAAAUUGCUUUUGUGCCAAGUUGUGCAUGAGAAGGCGAAGUUGCAUUUGAUGCGUGCGAAGCAAGAGAAAUUACAGGAAAAGUUUCGUUCUGUAUGCUCUGGGAUUCAAGAAUGCAUAACUUUGAAGUUUAAUUCUUUGCCUCAACUAUCAGCAACUUAUGCUAAAGGUCUCCAACUUGAUGCUUCUCUGCUUACAUCUCUUGUCAAUUUAAAUGGAAUGCCAGAGCCUCUUAAUGGUUCAGAUGUCUGAAUGGUUCAGCACUUAAUGGUUCAGACUGUUUGUUUCAGCCUCUUAAUGGUUCAGAUGUCUGAAUGGUUAAGAGAUUUGCCUCUGAAUGGUUAAGUAUUAUACAGAGUCUGAAUGGUUAAGACCUCUUAUCUGAAUUGAUCAGACAUUUGCCUCUGAAUAGUUAAGCAAUAUACUAGCUCUUAAUGGUUCAGACCUCUUACUAGUUCAGCACUUAAUGGUUCAGACCUAUUACUGCUUCAGCACUUACCUAUUCAGAAGUUGCCAAACAGCCCCUUAGUUACCUUGAAAGCUUACCCACCAAAUUUGGUGUGACAGUCACACAUCAUGUGUUGGAUCUGGGCGUAGGUUGUUUGAGGAAAAACAGUGGUUUUAGAUGGAGAAGGAGUGAUAGUCGAUUACCUAAAGAGAUAAUCGAUUAUGGAAGGGUUCAGUUUCUCAAAGGAUUUGGUGGAGAGUUUCUGAAGGG